AAUGUAUCGCUCGCGCUCCAAGUCUAACACCGGAAUCGCUUUUAAUACUUUCCUUUUCACUGUGCCACUGGAAUAUACUCAAACGAAAAGACAUUAUAGUAAAAACUGGUCGUGUAUUGGUUGAUUUUAGGUGCGGAUCUACUCAUUUAAGCAAGAUGCCACGGGCCAAGAAAAGGAGCGGCAAAGGUGGACAACAGGGAAAUGUCCAACCGUUCAGUGAUGAAGACGCAUCAAUCGAGACGCUCAGUCACUGCAGCAGCCUCAGUGAAAGAACCAGUGCUGCAGAGGAAGCUGGUGAAACUGAAGAGAUGGCUGAAGAGGACUUCCAGUACAAGCUGAAGGUGUACAUCGACAGCACGGUGGAUAAAAGUGCCAAGACCAGACAAGGUGCCCUUGAUGGACUAAAGACUGCCAUGGCAACCAAAAUCCUCUACGACUUCAUUUCCGAGAGAAGGAUGACCAUCACGGACGGCAUUGAACGCUGCUUGAAGAAAGGUAAAGGAGUGGAGCAGAGUGCCGCAGCCUCGCUGGCGUGUCUCCUGUGCAUUCAGCUGGGUUCGGGGAUUGAGAGCGAAGAAGUUUUUAAGAGCCUUAAACCUGUAUUCAAGACCAUCCUCAAUGAUGGAACGGCUAACAUUCAAGCCAGACAAGCUUGCGCGACAAGUCUAGGCCUCUGCACUCUUGUAGCAGAAGAUGAUAUCAUGGAUGUGUACGCCACCAUGGAGUGCUUUGAGAGCCUGUUCACCCGCUCGUACAUCCGGGAAGACGGAAGCAGACCUUCAGUGAGUCCUCCAGUCACGCAGCUCCACACCAACGCGCUCUUAUCGUGGGCUCUGCUUCUCACCAUCUGCACCGGCAGCCACAUCAGAGCCAUCGCGCAGAAACAUCUGGCUAAACUUCCACGUCUGCUGGAGAAUGACGAUGUCAACAUGAGGAUUGCUGCUGGAGAGACCAUCGCCCUCCUGUUUGAACUCAUUAGAGAUGUUGAGCCUGAGUUUGAUUUGGAUGAGUGGGAGCCGCUGUGUGAGAAGCUGAAUGCUUUAGCCACAGACUGCAACAAACACCGAGCCAAAACGGAUAAGAGGAAGCAGAGAUCUGUUUUCAGAGACGUCCUGAAGGCUGUAGAGGAUGGAGAUUUCCAAAGUGAAACAAUCCGAUUUGGCACAGAGCGAAUGCUCAUCGACAGCUGGGUCAGAAAGAGAACUUAUGACGCCUUCAGAGAGUUCGUCGGCUCUGGGAUGAACUACCAUCUACAGGCAAACGAGUUCAUAAGAGACGUGUUUGAACUGGGACCACCAAUGUUGAUCGAUUCAGCCACUCUCAAAGCCAUGAAGAGCUCCAGACUGGAGAGACACCUCUACAAUGCAGCUGCGUUUAAAGCUCGAACCAAGGCGAGGAACAAAUGCCGGGACAAAAGAGUGGAUGUUGGAGAGUUUUAGGAAGUUUUGUAAAGCACAUGAAUUCUUUCUUCUAUUUAUUCUUUGCAUUCCGGUCAUUUUUAUAAAUACAAACACAUUUCUAUUAAUAUAUAUGUUAAUAUUUGCUAUUGAUUAACUCACUAAUUCCUCAUCGAUCCUAAUGUAUGUCUGUAUUUAAGUGGUGUUGGUGUGGAGUCAAUUUUCCUUCUAUUGUAGUUUGUGUAUUUGUAGGUCUGUAAUGUAAUGAGUGGGAAAGUAUUUAUGACUUCUGUGUUUCGGGUGGUACUGUAGUAGUGGCAAGGCUGUACAAAAUGAUUCAAAAAAGUUAAUAAAAUUAGAUUGAUUGCCCCUA